AUUCCAGGCCCAAUCCAACCUCCAAACUCAAGAAAAAUCCCAUGGGAGCAAAUCCCUUCACUUUCCUCGCUCUCCUCCACCUCCUACUCUUCCAUUCUGUCAUUGCUGUCAUACCAGCGGCGGCGAAUAUUGGAACGGCGGAGCCGUUCAUCGGCGUUAACAUCGGCACCGACCUGACGGACCUGCUCCCGCCGGCGGACCUCGCGACCUUCCUCAAGGCGCAGCAGAUCAAGCACGUCCGCCUCUACGACGCCGACCCGGGCAUCCUCUCCGCCCUCGCUGGCGCUGGCGUCUCCGUGGCCGUCGGCGUGCCCAACAACCAGCUCCUCGCCCUGGGCUCCUCCCCGGCCACCGCCGACGCCUGGGUCGCCCGCCACGUCCUCCCCUUCCACCCGGCCACCCCCAUCUCGGCGGUGGCCGUGGGCGACGAGGUCCCUGCGGCGCUGCCGUCCGCCCUCCCGCUCCUCCUCCCGGCCCUCCGCUCGCUCUCCGCCGCCCUCGCCGCCGCCAACCUCUCCUCCAUCCCUGUCUCCACCCCGCUGCCCUUCUCAGUCGUCCUCGACCCGUUUCCACCCUCGCAGGCUUACUUCAACCAGACCCUGGCCAACUCCUUCUUCCUCCCCCUCCUCCGGUUCCUCGCCGACACGGCCUCUCCUCUCAUGCUCAACCUCUACCCUUACUACGCCUUCGUGCAGAGCCGCGGCGCCGUGCCCCUGGACAACGCCCUGUUCAAGCCGCUUUCCCCGUCCCUCGAGGAGAUCGAUCCCAACACGCUCCUCCACUACACCAACGUGCUCGACGCCAUGGUCGACGCUGCGUACGUCUCCAUGCGCAACCUCAACUUCACCGGCGUGCCCGUGCUCAUCACCGAGACCGGGUGGCCCCAUAACGGCUCCCGCCGCGACGAGCCCUACGCCACCGCCAAUUACGCCAGCACCUACACCUCCAACCUCAUCCGCCACAUGCUCGACCGCCGCGGCACGCCGCUGCGCCCGGAGGCCACCCCCAGCGUCUACAUCUACGAGCUGUUCGACGAGGACCUGCGCCCGGGACCGUUGUCGGAGGCCCACUGGGGACUCUUCUACGGGAACGGGACGCCGGCGUACCUGCUCAACGUGGCCGGGGCGGGGGGAUUCCUGGCCAACGACACCACGAACCGGACGUACUGCGUGGCGGCGGAGGAAGCGGACCGACGGUCGCUGCAGGCGGCGCUGGACUGGGCAUGCGGACCGGGUCGGGCCAACUGCUCGGAGAUACAGCCCGGGGAGAGCUGCUACCAGCCAAACGACGUGAGGAGCCACGCCUCGUACGCCUUCGACAGCUAUUACCAGAUGCAGGGCAAGGCCGCCGGUUCCUGCUUCUUCCAGGGCGUCGCCAUGAUCACCACCACCGACCCAACAGUCAAAAGUUCAGCGGGGUGCCGAAGGGAGAAUGAGGCGAGCAUGAGAGAGAGUAGGCGGGUCAUGGGACAGUGAAGUCAGAGCAGAGUAGUCUGCUGUAAAUUUUGUCUGUUACCCCUUGCAUCGGGAGGCAAAUCCGAAGAAGGAAUCUUUUAGACUGCAGAACGAAGGAAGCUGCUCGGAUCGGACUAGUUCUGAAGGCAUCGCAAACUUUCCAGUGUCACCAUUCCAUUAUUCUAGACAUGGUUUAGUAUGGUUCACGUGAAUCCUAGUGGCUUCUCGUCCAUAGAAUUCUUCUUCGUGGAAUUGACUUCAUAUUAGAUUACACUGCUGCCGGCGAAGGUAGCGCGUCAGAAGAGUUCGCUUGCAGAGGCAUCUUCCACCUGACUCGGUGUGGUCCUCGAUCGAUCCUUCAACAGCCUAAAUUAGAUUUCAGGAGAGACAAUUGCUUCUCGGUAAGGGGUUGUCCUGGUCCUACCAUUGCUUACUAUAUUGAUUGCAACCUACCUGGAGAAGUUUCUU